GUUUUUGUUGGGGUGAACCCGCCGAACACGCAAGCACUCACAUCAAAGGUCUAACGACUAAUCGAACGGCCUGUGUGGGCAUGGAUACAUAAAAAACGCACAGAUGGACACGCGGAGAGAUUCUACCACAGGGACGCACAACAGCUGACGCAAUACGCACCAAACAGUACGUGGGACACUCGUCCAUCAAAGCUUUUGUUGGAUGAAAGGCAGCCAGCCCGGGGGUGGGAAUCCACAAGCUGGCGUGGAUGCAGCAGCAUUUCCAUGCAUUGAUUUGAUGCAAACAAACGUCACACAUAGACAAAACGACGGGCAUCAUGGACGGAUGGAUUGAUGGAUGGAUACGGUCCGGCCAUGGGUCGGUCGGUCUGUCUGUCUGUCUGUCUUUGGUUUGAUUUGAUAAGUCUAAGUGGUGUCCAUGGGGGCCUCGCCGCCCUCUGCCGCCGUCACCUCGGACGCAAGACGAUCCAAAUACACCUGCAGCUCCUCAUUCGACAGUACUGACCACACACACGCGCACAUGAAGACAGAGAGGGCGCUCGUGGAUGACACCCAGAGGCUCCUGCUUACUUUUGAACUUCUGCUCCGCCCCGACGAUUGCGAUGUCGACACUCUCAGCAGUGAUCCUGCACACGCAACGUGGGAUGGCAUGCAUCGGAUGUGUGUAGAUGAGUGGGUGCAGUGUCUCGCUCACUCGUCGUCUGCAGUCUCUGAUGCCUUCUUGAGAGCCUUGAGCGCAUGCAUGAUCAGAUCGUCGACAGACACUGCACACGCGGAAGACAGAGGAAAGAAGCGAGGGGGCAGGUCAGGGCAGGUCGUGUGGCGUCCAGUCAGCCAGUCCAUUACCUUCUUUGAACGUCUUGAAGUGCUUCUCGAGGUAGGUCUUGGCUGACUGACAACGGCUGCCCAGCGCCAUGGCCUGUGUCAUGUCAAUGCGAUGCGUCGAUAUUCCUUCAUCACGCAAGACUCUUCUGCUGCUGCAGUGCUGUGCUGUGCUGUGGUGUGGUCGUCACCUCGUAUUCGAAGUAGUUGCCGCUCGGACACGUCUCGAAGAGAUGCGGGCCAGUCAUCUGACACAAGGCAUGCAUGACACAGACACAAAUCAACCCAAGCCAACAGACCCGAUGAUGACUGUGUGUUGCAUCCAUCCGUCCGUCCGUCCGUCCGUCCGUCCAGGUGUGAAUGGCUCACAUCGCUUCCCGCGACGAGCAGCCCCACGCCAUAAGGACGCUUGCCCAUCCUCUGCGUGUUGGCCUGAGACCCUGAGGUACACACACAACACAGACAAACAUGCACCACAUGGGGGUGGGGGUGCGGGUGUCAGGGAGGCGUCCGUGUCGUUGCUCACUGUCGCCGACGUCAGCCACGAGUCGUCCGACGGGCAGCGCCUCAUCGAACUCGUACUUCUCCUGCUGACACUGGGUCCGCAUGUACGAAGCCAGCACACCUGCAUCAAUCAACAUCAAUCAACGUUCGUUCGUUCAACAGGGGGCCCCUCCCCUUCCUAUGUCUGUCGAGCAAGUAUGUUCGACUGACGCACGUGCAUCUGCAGUGAGCCCGGAGGCGGCGAACCCGACGUGAUCAUCGACCUUGUACAGCUUCUGCUGGUGCGAAGACAUCUGCGUCUGGGCCUUCUUCAGCGCUCCCAACACCUGCACACAACAAACAAACAACGUGUUUGAUUCCUGUGGCAGGGGGGCGUGCGUGCCUGCCUGCCAGUGUGUUGUUUGCGCUGUGUGCUGUGCUGACCACGUGUGUCUUAGAUCUGAGUCCGACGACACAGGUGCCCUGCUUGACGGCCUCCAUGGCGUACUCUAUCUGGUGGAUGCGCCCCUGAGGACUCCAUGUCGUCGGGUCGGUGUCGUACAGAUUACGAUACAUCCUCUGAGCCUUUCGCUGCUGUUAAGCCGGUUAGGCCUGCGCCGGGAUAGAUC